AGUGAAGCUGAUGAACACCCAGAGAGAGAGACGCUAUGUAGGAAGUGUUUCAGGGAAAUGGAGUAAAACCAACCACAGGAAACCGAGGGGGACGACACGUCAACAACCGUGUGUGUGUUUGUUUUCUACAUGCGUGUGAGGACGGCAUGUCGCUGAGCUCGGGUGGGUGGACACACACCCCCGGCUUCUCCCCGCCGGACCAGUCCGCCGCCCCCCCCGCUCAGCAUGGGGCCUCGCCGCCGCCGCCCGGCUGCCACACGGUGCUCAUCUCCGUGCGGGUGUCCGUGUGCCACUCCGGGAUCCGGCCGCUGUGUCUCCCCGGAGCAGGAGACGAGUCCCUCCGCCUGCAGCUCAGCAUGGACCCGGGGAAGUCCGGGGAAUUCCGCCUGUCGCUGCAGGACAGCAGCGAGACCGGCCGGAGUGUGACCGUCGCUGAGUUUGAUUUGAGAAGCGUAAACUAUGAAGUGAAGUCACCAAAGUGCCACGAGCUGCAUUUGACCGCGCCGCCACAUGACCGCAUCAGCUUCAACUUCCGCUGUGAGCAGGAGGCCAAUGAGUGGGCGACUGUUGUUUUGUCAUCACUGAGAGAAGCACACAGAGCAGUUGCUCCUCAAGAUAAUGGCCCACAGCGCCCCCUGGAGGAUCUCCAACGUCAGGACACAUUGGCCUUGCAACGCACAGAGGAAACCUGCAUAGACCUGACCCGAGCCAUAGAAGCAGGUGACAUGCAGUCUGCCUCUCUCAUCGCUGUCACACUCGCACGGAAACACACUGCCCUCAAGAUCCAGCCCUUUGCCCGAGACAAUGAUGACUCUGAAAUCAAUUUGGCUGUUGUGGCUGAAGAUUCUUCCUCGUCCUGUUGUGUCACUGUGAAAGUGUUCCCUCAUAUGACGACUGCAGCACUGAAACAGCAGAUGUUUCUUGAGUACGGCUUCCACCCGCGGGUGCAGCGCUGGGUGAUCGGCCAGUGCUUGUGCAGCGACCAGCGCUCUCUCGCCUCGUACGGCGUUCGUCAGGACGGCGACACAGCUUUCCUGUACCUCCUGUCAGCCCGAUACGUCCACUUGACACACCAAGUCCUGCAGCAGGAUCAGGAGAGCGCCCUGCUCCUCAACCCUCCAUCACUGUCGCUGCCCACCCCGCCCCUCCCUCAUACCUCUACUAACGGCACCUCAUCUCAGGACCGGAGGCCGUACACUACCCUGCCCCCGAGACUCCAUGCGAGCAGCAACACUGAAAGAGGAAACAUCAGUGAAAUCAAAGAUCUCAUCAACCUAGAGAUGCCUCAACUGAAUGAAGCACUGAGCCCCUCCACAUCCACAUCUUCCACCAAGGGCUGGUCAUGCCCCUCUUGCACUUACAUUAACAAACCGACUCGGCCGGGCUGUGAGAUCUGCAGUACCAACCGGCCGGAGAACUACGUCAUCCCGGGGGGUUAUCGACCGGACCCCCUGGAACUCCGGCGCAUCCAGCAGGAGAAGGAGGCGAUCAGACAGUACCAGCAGUCGAGGGAACAGGAGCGCCGAGAGAAUUUCGCUCGGUUGAUGAGGAUUGAUGACCAAGAUCUGGUGCCGAACCCGGAGUCCGUGGACUGUCGGAUCUGCUACGUGGACCUGCAGCCUGGACAGGGCGUUCUGCUGAGGGAGUGUCUGCACUGCUUCUGCAGAGACUGUUUGCGCUCGGUCAUCAUGUUGAGCGAGGAGCCCGAGGUGUCGUGCCCCUACAGAGAUGAGACGUAUUCCUGCACCUGCUCCCUGCAGGAGAGGGAGAUCAGAGCUUUGGUGCCAGCGGAGGAGUACGAGCGCUGGCUGCAGAGAGGCCUCUCAGUGGCAGAGUCUCGAUGUGAGGGCAGCUACCACUGUGCCACCGCCGACUGUCGGGGCUGGUGCGUGUACGAGGACACGGUCAAUGUCUUCCACUGCCCUGUCUGCGGGAAACACAACUGUCUGAUUUGUAAAGCAAUUCACGAGGGAAUGAACUGUAAACAAUACCAGGAUGAUCUCGCAGCCCGGGCUAUAAAUGACUCUGCUGCAAGGAGGACGACUCAUCUACUCAAGACUCUGGUGCAGUCAGGGGAGGCGAUGCACUGUCCCCAGUGUGGCAUCAUAGUGCAGAAGAGGGAUGGAUGUGAUUGGCUACGCUGCACUGUCUGUCACACUGAGAUAUGCUGGGUAACCAGAGGACCCCGCUGGGGGCCGCAGGGUCCUGGAGACACCAGUGGAGGAUGUCACUGCAAUGUCAACAAUCAGAAAUGUCAUCCGAAAUGUCAAAACUGCCACUGAGAAUCCCCAGACUGAUGCUCAGACUGACGGAAGUAAUGAAAGACUGAAUCUGAAAUAAUCUCUAAAGAAGGUACAUGUCAGGACACAACUGAGUUGACUGUUACAGGUUUGUUGUACUUUUUAUAACUGGAGAAACUCUCUGCACAUUUCUCACCAUCACAUACUGCCAAAUAAUUUGUGCCCUCAGCUCUGCAAUGUAAUCAGAACGGCCGGAAUAAUAAUAAUAAACAUGUUGACAUUUAGCUCUGCCUCUCACCAACAAGGAAACACAAUCUGUGUGAUUGCAACGAUUCCAUGUUUAGCUUAAAUUAAAUCUGUAAUGAUGAUAAAUGUGGUCAGAACAAUGCAGAGAAAGAGUAUUAUAUUGUUUUUCGCAUGUGGUGCCUUUUCAAAAUGAUUGCACUGCAGAGGUAGAGAUCCAGGUGUGUUGUUUUGUUUUGUUUUGGUAGCUUCGUACCAGGAUGCUUAAAACUGAAGUGACCUUAUUGUUGUGCACAACAGCUGUAGCAGGGUGUUCAUAGUGACAUUGUCUGGGAAAAGUUCUGAAAUCCUUGUUGUGUCUCUGAUGUGCAAUUUUCUGCAUUGAGAUAGAUCUAACAAGAGUAUAUUAUAGAUAGUAUAUUUUUUUGUGUCUGUGUGUGAGUUGUGUGUUUGCCUUGUCACCAAAGAAAUUGAAAAGGUCUGAUUCUGAUUUGCUGUUGAAGCGUCUGACUUAUAGAGUGGAACGAAACUUCAAUGUUUGUCUUCCACUUCUGUGGAGGGGUUAAAGGUCACAGUGGCUGUUUUCAUGCGCUGCUGAACAGUUGAGUAUUGUAUCGUGACAUCAUCAAUAGAUGGAAGAUUCCCAUAUAUAAACAGGAAUAGUCAGUUAAUAAUGGCAAUACUGGAAUAUGUUUCUGUCCGAGGAGGCACGCGUUAAAAUGUUUUGUCGAUAAGCUCAUGAUCCCUGUUAAGGAACUCGUAUACAAUGGGGUGCAUGUGGUGAUACUCGUUGGCCUACUUAACUGGUUUUAAUGGCAUGUGAAAAGUUUGUAGCCAUCCUGAUGUUUGGAAUAUUUUCUAAUUCAUGUAACCGUCCUCACAAAUGGCACUUUGUGUUCACUGGACAAAACAUAAAAUGAACUCCAAACACAACAGUAUGCCCUCAACCACACUACUGCCCCUGCACUGAGAAGCCAUGGCGACUUCCCUCACUGUUACUUGUGUGCACAGCACUGUGUUACUGGUGUACUACUGUGCCUUAAUGAUGAAUAAAUAACCUUAAAACUCA